GCAGACGCUCGGGAGCGGCCGCCGCUGCCGCUGGUGCCCCGCCGCCGCCGCCGCCGCCGCCGCGACUGUGCAUUGUGCGCCGAGCGAGGGACGCUCUCCGGCCGCGGGGACGCAGGGUGUGCGGAGAUGGCCACUGCAGGCGUCAUCAGGAUGGCGGCGGUCGCAGCCGUCAUCGGAGUGGCGCUAUCACAAGACGGUCUGUCGUGCGCCAACAGCGGCCAAACGUGGAGCCACCAGUGCAACACGUGCAGCUGCCGGGAGAACGUGAUCGUGUGCACCAAGGACAGGUGCUCGGGCACCGACCGCAGACCUAUCACUGAGGCCUCAUGCCUGGCCGGCACCAAAUGGAAGGACGCGUGCGGUAACACCUGUCUGUGUGACCCCGCCGGGAAGAGGCGCUGCACGGUCGGCUCGUGCCCUCCGCGCGUGCGCAGUGACCUCAGCAUGACCUUCAUUCGCACAACGGGGGACGCGUGUGCCGCCGGCGACACGUGGCAGGUCGACUGUAACAACUGCUCCUGCCAGCGCGGGAAGGCCGUCUGCACGACAGAAAAGUGUCCUCGCCGACCGCCGAGAGAACCCAUCACCUGCGAGCCGCACGAGCAGUGGGAGGACGAGUGCGGUAACCGGUGUGAGUGCAGCGGGGACGGGCUGGCCUCGUGCACAAUGCUGCCCUGCGAGCCCGGUCAGCGGGCAGGGGUCCGGCGGCGGCCCAUCCUGCAGUCGGGCGACUCCUGCUCCAACGAGGGCAGCCGCUGGAAGCAGGACUGCAACGAGUGCGACUGUGUCAGCGGCGUGGUGCGCUGCACACGCAGACUCUGCCCCACCGGAGUACAGCACAACAAGUACGGCAAAUGUCAGCUGAACACCCGCUGGGUGGACGAGUGUGACAACCAGUGCUACUGCACCGACCGGGGAGUGCCCUCGUGCACUCUCAGGGAGUGCCCCUACGGCAGGAAGGAGGGUGUGAUCUCCCACUAUCUGCUGGACGACGGCGCUCCGUGCUCUAACGAGGGCGAGCGAUGGGAGCAGGGCUGCAGGGUGUGCCGGUGUUCCUCGGGCCUGGUGAGGUGCUCCCAGCGCGGCUGUGCCGAGCUCAGCCAGCGGGCGGCGCUGCGGCCCGAGCCGGAGUGGCUCAGCUGCCGGGAGGACACCAACUGGGAGGACGAGUGCGGCAACAUCUGCAGCUGCUUCCUCGGAGGACCGCUCUGCACCAGGAUGGGCUGUCCCGAAGGGAGGACUGCCGGCAAACCGGUCAAGUUCAUCACCUUCGACGGUGACGUGUGCACCAAUGAGGGCGAGUCGUGGAAGGACGACUGCAACACCUGCAGCUGCACCAACGGACUAGUGAAGUGCACCAAAAAGUUCUGCAAGAAACGGAGGCAAAACGUCCGGUUCAUCUCACCGUUCAUGGCCAUGACCUGUACCCCGGGGAAGCGCUGGAUCGACGAGUGCGGCAACACGUGCUUCUGUCCGGAUACGGGCCACUCCUCCUGCACCAUGAUGGCCUGUCCGCCCGGCAAACGACCCAUGGUGCCCGUCAGGUACAUCAUGGCGGACGGGGACACGUGCUCGGAGGAGGGCAGCGCGUGGCUCCACGAGUGCAACACGUGCCGCUGCGUGGACGGAAGGGUGCGGUGCACCAAACACCGAUGUCACCGGCUGCUCAGGGGCACCGUUCUGGUCGCUCGCGAGUCGGGGACCGGUCAGGACAAACAGUGCCAGGAGCAGACCGAGUGGACGGACGAGUGUGGCAACUCGUGCCGCUGCUCCCCCGGCCGCCGCGUCAUGUGCACCACCAACGUCUGCGCGCCCGGAAAACAGGCGGGUCGCCCGGUGAAGAAACGACCAAAGCUGGGCGAACCCUGUGAGGACGGCAGUGACCCGUGGCUGGACGACUGUAACACGUGUCAGUGUGUGUACGGGGUGACAGCGUGCACCCGAGAGACGUGCGCCCCGCCAGAGCAGGAGAUGCACGGCGUGCCAGUGCAGCAGUGCCGACCCGACUCGAGCUGGCUGGACGAGUGCGACAACCAGUGCGUCUGCAGCGAGGACGGACGAUCCUUCUGCACGCUCCGGUCGUGUCCGCACGGCCGCCAGUACGGCGUGCCCAAGAAGUUCGUGCGCGCCGUCAACUCCACGUGCACGGACGAGGGCGCCACGUGGCGCCAGGACUGCAACACGUGCUCGUGCACCGACGGCAGGGUCACGUGCACUGAGAACCGUUGUGAGGCGCAGGCGGGCAUUGUCGCCAGGAGAGGUUCCCGCUGCGUCCCGGGCUCCAAGUGGACCGACCAGUGUCUGAACACUUGUCGGUGCACGACUCUCGGACAGCCCACCUGCUCGUCGAAGGCCUGCCCGCCCGGAAAAACGGCGGGAGUGCCGAUCGAGCAGCUGCCCAGAGCCGGAGACCGGUGCAGUGACGAGGGCAGCUCCUGGAAGGAGGACUGCAACAAGUGCUCCUGUCUGGACGGCGUGGUCACGUGCUCCGAGCACAUCUGUACACCCACCGAGGCCAACGACGAGGGCCCGUGCCGUGAUGGCGAGGAGUGGAUCGACGAGUGCACCAACCGCUGUAAGUGUAUCGGCGGCGAGCCGCGCUGCACGCGCCGGCCGUGCCCCGCCGGCGGCCGGCCCGGCGUGCCGGUCCGGUUCGUCGUCCCCGACGGAGAGACGUGCUCCAACGAGGGCGAGCGGUGGCAGGAGGACUGCAACACGUGCCGCUGUCAGAACGGCCGCGUGGUGUGCUCCAAGGAACACUGCGUCGGCCUGGCCAGGGGCGGUGGAAAGAAGAAGCCGGGCAACUGCCCGUACGUGCCCCAGGGGACCCUCGGGGUCUGCAUAAACGGCUGCAACGGCGACGACAUGUGCGAGGGCGAUGAAAAGUGCUGCUCCAACGGCUGCGGCGCAUUGUGCAUGAAGCCAGACUCGUGUCUGGAGGGCAUCUCCUGGACGGAGGACUGUAACGAGUGCGACUGCCUCAACGGAGAGACCGUGUGCACCAACAACAUCUGUGCCCAGGAGGAGAUCCAGUUCGACCAGGCGUGGACCGCGCUCAUGGGCCCGGCAGAGUUGCCCGUCUUCGACGCAGAUCCAUUAGCCUCAGAGUGUGUGGAGGGUAGCGUCUGGAAGAAGGACUGCAACUUCUGUGACUGUGUUGGCGGAAAAGCAAUUUGCACCAAACGGCUGUGCCCCUCGAAAGCUGAGGACGAGGUCACUGGCGAGUGUCGGGAGGACUCGAUAUGGACCCAAGACUGUAACCGCUGCCGCUGUAUCGACGGAAGGGCCGUCUGCACCAUGAAACUCUGCGACACUCAGCCCAGUCUAAAACCAGAGGUGGACGCUGUGUGCCGAUUGCCACCCGAGGACCCGGACAAACCCAAAUGUUUCGGCUUCAUCCGCCGCUGGACGUUUGAUCCGGUCAGGGGAAAAUGUCGCCGCUACAUUUUCGGCGGCUGUCACGGCACUCAGAACCUCUUCAGGACCAGGAAGCAGUGCAAGAAACGCUGCGACCCCGGCUCCGUCCAGCCCUCUGGGACGGCCGUGUGCCGCCUGCCGGCGGAGACGGGGCCCUGCUUCGACACCAUCCCCCGCUACUUCUUCGACACGGACGCCGGCAAGUGCAGACAGUUCGGCUUCUCGGGCUGCGGCGAGAACGGAAACAACUUCAAAACGCUCGAGGCCUGCAUCACCAUGUGUGGCGGCACCUACACCAGCCAAGAUAGUCACUGCGACAGAAGGAUGUGUCCGUGGUCUCUGUACGAGUAUUACACGGAGAAGGGCUGUGAACCCGUGUACGACAAUGACGCCUGCUGUCCGACUAGCUUCGAGUGCCCGGUUCUGCGUCAGCUGGGCCUCGAGAAGUGCAAGUACCGCGGCAGGGAGUACUCUCACGGCGACCUGGUGCCGGAGGCCAGUGAGCUGGAUCCGUGCAAACAGAGCUGCCGGUGUGUCAGCACGCGCCAGAGCGGCGCGCACAUCGACUGUGCCGAGGUCGACUGCCCGGCGCACGUCUGGAACCAGAUAUCAGCCGGCUGCGUGCCCUUCUACCUGCCCGACCGCUGCUGCCCCGUCAGCGUCCAGUGCUCAGCCAGGCGACGGAGGCGCUCCACGAGCGUCCUCCCUCCGAGCCGGGAGGUGGUGUGUGAGGUGGACGGCGUUACCUACCUCCGGGGGCAGGAGGUGCCGCUGCUGCCCGACCUCGACUGUGUGCGCUGCGUCUGUGACGGGGUGCCCGGCAGGCGCGGAACGGUCAGGUGCCACCGCGUUCAGUGCCCCAACGCGCACUCAGAAAUGACCGAGCGAGGCUGCGUUCCCGUAUACAGCAGAGGACAGUGCUGCCCAGUCGACUGGAAGUGUCCUGAAGAUCUUUCCCCGGAAAUACGCCAGCCGGUGGAACUAAUCAUUAUCGGUCGGAUGCUCUCGGACGAGGAGGUGUGCACGUUCGGUAGCCAUCGGGUGGCCCGCGGCUUCAGUCUCAGACUGAACGACCGGUGCACCACCUGUGAAUGUGUCACACCACCGACUCUGACCUGCCAUAGAAUCCACUGUCCCAAGAUCAGCAGCUGGUGGAACCUAGUCCAAGGCGCCGGCGGCGGUCUGUGUCGGUACCGCCGCCCUGCUCCAGACGCCUGCUGUCCAGAGGUCGUCUGCGUCGCCCCGGUACUCAGGCCGCCCGUCCUGGGACCCGAGUGUGCCGGCAAACAGUGCCACCUGCCGGUCGGCCGCGAGGGCUGCGACGCAGUGUACCGGGCCGGCGAGUGCUGUCCCAGCCUGGAGUGCCGCCACCCACCCGCCAAACAGGAUCCAGCAGACGAGCUGCAGUGCGCGCCGGUGGAGUGCUCCAGCGACUGUGUCGUCUCCCGGGACCAGUACGGCUGUCCGCUGUGCGACUGUAACGCCACCAACGUCGUGCCCGAGCUGAGGACGGCGCCGCCCGUCUGCGAGCGCCAGUUCUGUCCCGUCGGCUGCCCGAGCCAUUACGAGCGCGGCUGCAUCGUCUGCGAGUGUGAACUCAAGAAGGGACAUCCGAAGAAGAUGACAGAGCGGGACACCCGCGUGCGUUCCUGGCUGACCACGCGUCCUCCCUGUCCGGGUGUGACCUGCAGGCCCCACUGCGGCUACAAAACCGACGCCGACGGCUGCACUGAGUGCGACUGUGAGCCAGUCACCACUCCGGAGCCGCGGAGCGGACCUGGCUGUUCCACUGUGACCUGCCCGCCUCACUGCGGUUACAGGAGGACCGCGGACGGGUGCUCCGAGUGCGACUGUCCGCCGACGACCACGACGCCGACGACCACAACGCCUCCGCCACCGACCAGGCCACCGACCAGGCCACCGACCAGGCCACCCUGCGCCACAGUCACCUGCAGGCCCCACUGCGGCUACAGGAGAGAUUCGGACGGCUGUCUCCGCUGCGACUGUCCACCAACAACAACCCCAAUGCCACCGACCCGACCCCCAUGUCCUAUGGUAACUUGUAUGCCCCACUGCGGCUACAAGAGAGAUUCAGACGGGUGCCUUGACUGCGACUGUCCCCCGAGUACGACCCCAGUACCACCAACUAGACCCCCAUGUCCAAUGGUCACCUGUAUGCCCCACUGCGGUUACAAAGAGGACGCGAGAGGCUGCAUUGACUGCGACUGUCCCCCGAGUACGACCCCAUUACCACCAACUAGACCCCCAUGUCCAAUGGUCACCUGUAUGCCCCACUGCGGUUACAAAGAGGACGCGAGAGGCUGCAUUGACUGCGACUGUCCCCCGAGUACGACCCCAUUACCACCAACUAGACCCCCAUGUCCAAUGGUCACCUGUAUGCCCCACUGCGGUUACAAAGAGGACGGAAGGGGCUGCAUUGUGUGCGACUGUUUCCCCAUCACACCCACUCCCAGUCCUGUGUCAGUGUGACCUGCUCAUGGCCCGGCUGUGGCUCGGUCAUGGACGAGCACGGCGCUGGGUGUGUGACUGCCCUGACGCGUCGAAAAGAAAUGGCUCGUCCCACUUUAGCUAUUACUGGUAUGAAAUGUGUCAAUAGAACACUGUCCCAAGGAAGGUUAUGCUCCCGUAAAUGUGGCGAAAUGCUGCGUGUUGAUAUUCCUUGGUCAGUCGUGUGUACUCGUAAGCAUGUAAAAAUGUGUAUGCUGUUAUGAAUAUUCAGACUGAAGGGAAAUGUGUAAAAAAAAUUGUCGCCUUUGGAGCGUCAAGCUCUCACCAAUGAUCCUAAAUUUACCUAUACCACCAUUUAAGCCAAACAGUGAACCAGUUCCUGUCGGCUGUCACACAUGUGCACACUGCAACGAUUUGCGACACGAUGAUCAGCUGAUGAAAUUAUAUCUCUCAACAGCUGGUAAGACUGGCAUACCUGGCAUAAAGGAAAGGUCGGUAUUUUAUCGGCUAAAAAGUUUCUGUCGUCCUGUCAGUUCAUAUAACGGACUUCAGGCCGUGCAAUCUAGUUACCAGUGUCGCCGUUAUGAAAAGGCAGCGGUGUUGCCCGCUGUGCUUUCUUCAUUCAGUGUGUGCGUGAUAGAGCGAUGGUUGUACGUUGAGCGUUCUCAAGUCUAGGGAUGAGCUGAGUUGGGAUGUGCCAACAUGUCGGUGUAAGUUUAAGACAAUACAGAUCUGAUGAGUGCGAGAGCCAUGGCCGAAUGUGAGCCGAAUGUGUGCAGAGUGGCCGCGAACAUACGGAGCAGGCCGCGGAACGGGUCGUCCCGUGGGUCUGUCGUUCUGUGGCGCGGUAACUCCGUCCGUGUCGGUGACGCAAUAAUUCCAGUGACUACGUCGUGUUCAAAGACGAAUCGCGCCAGGUGUCAAAGGACCAUGCAUCGGGGCGCCGGAUGUCGAGUCCCUCGGGACUCAUUACCUUAAGCAAAAUAUAUUAUACAGUUGGUGA